AUGCAGGGUGAGAAUCCUGUUGACGUUGAUGAUGUCCAUUCUAUGUCCUGCGGCAAACGUACUCUUUUGCAGUCAGAGGUUAUAUCUUUUUUCGCCCCAGUUGCAGAUAAAUUGAGGUUGAAAGACGGUAUAUUUGUUCCCAAACCGCGCCGUGAUAUAGUGGAGGAAACGAAACUUCGAACAAAAACGAUUACUGUGAGGAUGAAUUCUCCUGCUAGAUUAGAAAGAACGAAUACAUCUGUUACCCCAACUGAUAAACUGAUUACGAAUCACUGUGAGUUAGCAAAUGGCUUAAGUGUUUCAGACACUUCUGCACUCAUGGAUGGAACAAAAAACUGCUCAUCUACUUGUAGUCCAGUCAGUUCAAACGGUUCCAUGCCUCAUACCAAACUUGAUAAUGAUGCCGGUCUUGAGUCAUGGAAUGUUAAACGACAAUCAAUCCCCUGUGGUGUCUCAAAAACACCGAACCGGAAAUCACUGUUCACUAAAUUGAUCCGCAGGUUGUCCACUCCACGAAUCAAAACAUCCAAAGGAAAAGGCUCUUUUGUGUCCGUUAAAACGGAUGGAUCACAAUCACAAAGCGAUUCUGCUUCAAACGGUCUCAGUCCACAGAAGUCUCGUAAAUGGUUUGCCAGGCCUAUGUGGAAGUCAACGAAAAAUCCUGCAUCGCAAAGUAGUAUAGAUUCUCAAAGCUCCUUGGUUAAUGUGAAUCCCGAUUUCCAAAUCCAGGAUUCGCCAUCUGCAGUGGACAACUUAUCACAAAGGUUUGAUCUAGUCAUCCAGGAUUUCAGAUCUGUCCCAGUCCCUCGUAAGCGGAUAAUACUACCGAAUUCAAUGAAAUCGGCAAUACAAAAACCUCGAAAUUCCUCUAACAAUGUCUCGACUCAAGACACAUCUGCUGAAUCUAAUGUAUUUGCUUCUGUGCAAUCUAAAUUUCAUAAUGGUAACACCCAUACCAAGGUCGAGGCAUCAACUAACAGCAAUCCAUCACUUAAUACAUGUUGCCGCUCGUAUGAAUCAAAGAAUGACACAGAUAAUUUCUUAAAUGCAGUUUGCAGUUCACCCCAAACUACCAACAUAUUGCGUUGUAAUAGUAUUCGUUCUGCUGGCAGUAAAAUGCACAGUUGUGAAAAGGACAAUGAAGUACAUGCUCUACAUCAAUCAGAUACAUUAAUCUCUCAGUCAUAUGCAAAAACCUCACAGUGUACACCAUCCAACUAUCCUGUAUCUCCUUUAACAGCGUACACUCCAAGUUAUUUAAAUGUAUCUUUAGCUGCAUUUGGUUACACUGGAUAUGGUUCGACAUCAAAGUCAGCUUAUAAUCUAAUUCACACGGGAAAAUGUCAAGCAGCUGAUAAAAAUGACUCAGGAGGUAUUAAACUUGAAAGUGUUAAUUCGAUCACUUCAAAUUCGAAUCUCAAAUUGUCUAAAGAGAAUGAUUUAGACUGCUCGUUGCAUACUGAAGAAAAGGAGUAUGAAAGUCCAGUAGAACUGAAUGAUUCCAGAAUAUCGUGCAGUCAAACUGAAUCUGGUUACGAUGAUGCCCCGGUUGAUAGUGUGGAAGGUGGUGUGAAACUAAGAAGAAAGCGGACAACUAGCUGCAAUGCCAGUGGUGAUGAUAAACAGCAUUGGAAUCGUUCUUCACUCAUCAUGUUAGCAGUAGCUCAUGCUAGUCCUCGCAGUCGUGUUGUAACACCAUCGACAGUUACGAACAAACCAUUUUUUUCAAGUCUUUCAGACGGUAAUCAUAUGGACGAAGAAAAAGCAGAGAUUGUAGACAAUCAAAAUGACUCACCACCACAGUGUCAAACAGAAACAGCUGAUCGGUCUCCCAAAAAUAUCCCUGACUGUCCAUCCUCAACCACUGAAUAUCCAAAAGAUAAUCUAUCCCAAAGUGGUAGUAGUCCUUGUCUGAGAAAAAUUUCAAUCAACCCGAAGUGA